UAAUUUAACAAUUAAAAAAGAAAGAUGACACAUUUACUUAAGAAAUACUCAAAGGAUUUUAUUAAAUUCAAAGACACCUAUGAUGAUGCUUUCUUAUUAGGGUAUUUAUUUGGAUAGAACUAUGCUGAUAAUCUAGAUAGAUUACAUGAAGCUUUUCUUUACUUGAACAAAAAAAGGUCUUAGGGUGUUUUUUCUUACGAAGAGAAGCUUAAUAUAUUAAAUAAAUCCUUAGAAACUUAAGAUGGAAUCAUUUCAGAUAAAAUUAUGAAGCUUUGCUAAUACCUCAAGAACAAAAAAAAAUAAAAGUCUAAUUUUUGUGCUAUUUGCAGCUAAAGCAUAGAGAAUCAAGAGUAAGCUUAUCAAAGCACUUGUUGUAAAGUUAAUUUCCAUGGAUAAUGCCUUGCAAAUAAUGUUUCGGCCUAACUAACGAAUUAAAAUUAAGCUUUCUGUGUUUAUUGCAAGAGAAGCAUAAAUCUUAUUGAUCUAUUUAGUAUAGGGAAGUUUGCAACAAAAGAAGAAUUUAAAGUAAUUGAAAGCUAAAUGUAAGUUCUUUCAAAUAUAUCAGGAAACACUUGGGAAUACAACAAUAGCCAGUCUUAAAUCAGUGAAUUUGAUAAAAUUUUUAGCAAAAACAAAGGUGAUUAAUUUUAAACAAGCAAACAAUAAAUUGAAACAGGAAAUAUUUUCAAGGGUUACUAGCUUUAGCCAUGUCCUAAUAUGAUUUAAAACAGUGGGAACAAUAACUUACUAUUUAAGAAUUAAUAAACAAUUAUUGAGGUAGAGGAGAAAUAGUCACCUAUCAAGGAUCAGAAAAGUAUGCAGAAAUACUAAAACAAUCAAGAUUCAUUUUCAAUGCUAAACUUUGAAGACAUCGAAAUAAAUAGCAAUUUUUCUAAUCAAAAAAAUAAAAAAAGGUAGAAUAUAGUUGUUCCAAAAAGGUUGUCAGACACAUUCGAAUAAUUUAGUGCCUCUAAUCAGAAAUAAGAUAAUUCUUAAAUGAAUAACAAUUUUGUCUCAAAUUACAUUUAAGAUCGUAAAUAAAUUUGCACAAAUAAUUAACAUAAUAAUCUAGUUAAGAAAAAUUUUAUUUACUUCUAAAAGUGA